AGCACUCAAAAGACCCAAUUGGAAGAGAAAAAGAGUCCCUUCUGACAACAAUCGAGAAUAUAGCAAUGGCAGAGCAGAAUUACCAACAGAAAAAUAUAGACAUGGAGUCUGCUGCAGAGCUCAAGCGAAAGAAACGCAUGAAAUUGUUUGCAUAUGCCGCUGCUUUCGUCGUCUUCCAGACUAUAGUCAUAUUGGUCUUUUCACUUACGGUGAUGCGCAUCAAAAAUCCCAAGUUCAGGGUGCGCUCUAUCACAGUUGAGGAUAUUGCCUACACCUCAACCCCAAACUCUCCUUCUUUCAACAUGAAAUUCAAUGCUGAAGUUGCUGUCAAGAACACAAAUUUCGGUCACUUCAAAUUUGAUAACACCACCAUUUCGUUUGAUUAUAGCGGUGUUCAAGUUGGGGAGGCAUUCGUUGCAAAGGGAAGAGCCAAGGCUAGAUCCACAAAAAAGAUGAAUGUAACCGUGGACUUGAAUUCAAACAACAUACUGGCUAAUUCAAACUUGGCAAGUGACAUUAACUCUGGGUUUUUGACCCUGACCAGCCACACCAAAUUGAGCGGGAAAGUGCAUUUGAUGAAACUGAUCAAGAAGAAGAAGUCUGCACAAAUGAACUGCACCGUGACAGUUAAUUUGGCGAGCAGAGCUAUUCAAGAUAUUAAGUGCCAAUAAAGUAUCGAGCUGAUCUAUGCGUGAAUGCUUGAUUAUUGGAAUAUGGUUGUUUUAUUUUACAGUAUUUGUCAAGCAUUUUUUUUAAGAUUCAGUAUUCGUCAAGCUGAUAUGCACACAGCAUUACAGCUUAUAUCAUAUGUAUUUUUCUCCCUAUUUGUAUU